CCUGUCUGCGCCUGUGCGAUGAACUUGAUGAAAGCGGAAGUAAUGAGGAAACAGAAAGGAUCGUCGUCUUGGAGCAGAGCUGUACUUUCACUGAUCGGUUUUAAUGUUUGAUUGAUACCUCCUGAUGACUCCUGAUCAGUGAUUUUCUAACUCAGAUGUGCCUCAAGUACUUGCGGUUAGCUUUUGUCUUCUUUUUUUCCCUGGUCAAGGCCUCCUCUCCGAACAGCUUGACAGAUGCUUCCUCUGGAUGUUCAGUUCAAGUACCAGUCAGAGCCAUCGCCAUCCUACUGAAUGUACAGAUCAAGAUCCCCCAGGAUGUUCAGCUCAAGUACCAGCAGGGGGCACCGCCAUCCUGCCGGUCCACCUCAGGAUCCCUUUAGAUCUAUCUGAUUUAAUGGUAGAUUGGAGAAAUGGGGAUAAGUAUGUCCACCUGUUUAAGGAUGGUAAGCACGAUAAUGUAACUCAGAACAAGGAGUAUAAAGGAAGAACAUCUCUGUUUAAGGAUGAAAUGAGCCAAGGGAACGUUUCACUGAGACUCACUCAUGUGACUGAACAGGAUAAUGGAACCUACAGCCUCACUAUAAUAAAUAGGGAUGGUAAACAAAAAAAAUGCCGCGUUUCUCUCUGUGUGAAGGAGAAAAAGGAAGAUCAUCAGGCUGUGACACCAGGAGAAAAAGAGGAAGUUAAUACAGAGAUAACACAGCCAGUGCCAGUCUGGGUCGCGAUCAUUUGUGGUCUUGUACUUGUUGGUGGCUUAAUCUUCUGGGUGUACAGAUGUAGAACAAGACAAGAACAGAGGAACCACCAAGGAGGCGGAGAUGACCAAAACGCAGGACAGGAGCACUUCAAGAUGCUAGGAGGGGAGGACCAGAACCCCAAUGAAGACUGAGCAUUUCUAAGACAGAGAGAAACAGAAACUGUGCAGCACUGUCCAACUAAUGUAGUUAAUGAAAUCCACAUGUUCUCUGAAAAAAACACGGCUGACGGAGUUACAGAGAAUGAAGACACAAGCUGACACACCACUGAUGCUGUGAAUGUGUACCCGUGAAGUUUGCCUAUGUCCUGAAGGUGUUUACUUUUCUGUAUUUUUGUAUUGCUGCUUUUGAAUCUUGGUUGUAUUAUAAUGUAGCUUCUAAAGCUUUGUAGCUCAUAAUGCUACUGAUGAAUAUCGGUUACACUUACUUCAGUGUGGCAUUUUAGGCGCUGCUUAAUGCUGCUGAUGAUAAUGAUCAUGACACAUCAAUUGCUUUCCUGUUUUUCUAUAUUGAUAAUAUUGUACCAUGGUCAUUUUAUAAUAAUGCUCUACACUUUAUAUAUCUCCUAGAACAUAAUCUAUUUAAGGUUUUAUUUAUCUAGUGUGUUUACUUAGCCUUAAAACACAUAUGUGAAAACUACUUUCUUACCUCUAUACAGUUUGCACAUAGUAGGACUUAUUGAUCGUCCUCUAUAAUGAUCACUAAGUGUAUUAUUAGUACUUUGUCUUGUCAGCUGUGGUCUUGUCAGGUGUCUGCCCUUGUUUUUGGUACUUUUAUGUCUGUUUUGUGUCAGUUUUAAUUGGGACAACAGA